AGCAGCAGAAGCAGUCUGACAAGGACUCAUAGGACUGUUACAUACUGGUUUUAUCUCUGACUUCCUCACCAUGAGAUUAUUUCCAGUUUUACAGCUUCUGCUGGUGUUCACAUCAGUCCUGACACUGACCAGGGCACAAACAAUAUCUCCAUUAACAACAUCUGCAACAACAUCUGAAUCAACAACAUCUGCACCAACAUCUGAAUCAACAACAUCUGCAACAACAUCUGAAUCAACAACAUCUGCACCAACAUCUGAAUCAACAACAUCUGCAACAACAUCUGCAUCAACAACAUCUGCACCAACAUCUCCAUUAUCAACAUCUGCAACAACAUCUGCAUCAACAACAUCUGCAACAACAACACUGGCAGACCCCUGCUAUAACUACACAGUGCUGGAUGAUCCACGUAGAUCCACCAACAAUCAGUUUUCCUCUCAACUAAUGUGUGACACUGCGGUCAGCUGGAGAGGCUGGUACCGUCUCUUCCUUCAGGGUCAGAGUGCUCAGAUGCCAGACACAUGUGUUGAUGUGUAUAGAUGUGGCACUUUUGCUUCACUGUGGCUAAGCGGAGGACAUCCAAAAGUUGAGGAUGGAGUGGUCACUCGAAAUGCCUGCGGUAACUGGAGCAAUAACUGCUGUUACUUCCAAUCCAGUUCCAUUAAAGUCAAAGCCUGUCCUGGCAAUUACUAUGUCUAUGGGUUUGUGAGCCCAGGUUUCUGUCAUUCAGCAUACUGCGCAGAAGUUAGGAACAUUACCAUCAAUAAACCUACUGUCACUCCAAACACAACGUUGGCAGACCCCUGCUAUAACUACACUGUGCUGGAUGAUCCACGGAGAGCCACUAACUAUCUAUAUUCCUCUCAAAUAAUGUGUGACGCUUGGGUCAGCUGGAACGGUUGGUAUCGUCUCUUCAUUCAGGGUCAGAGCGUUCAGAUGCCAGACACAUGUGUUGAUGAGUAUAGUUGUGGCACUGCUGCACCACUGUGGCUGAACGGAGGACAUCCAAAAGUUGAGGAUGGAGUGGUCACUCGAGAUGUCUGCGGUAACUGGAAAAAUAACUGCUGUUACUUCCGAUCCAGUUCCAUUAAAGUCAAAGCCUGUCCUGGCAAUUACUACGUCUAUGAGUUUGUGAGUCCAGUUACCUGUCAUUCAGCAUACUGCGCAGAAGUUAGGAACAGUAUCAUCAAUAAACCUACUGUCACUCCAAACACAACGUUGGCAGACCCCUGCUAUAACUACACUGUGCUGGAUGAUCCACAUAGAUCCACCAACAAUCAUCAAUUCACAAUGUGUGACACUGCGGUCAGCUGGAGUGGCUGGUACCGUCUCUUCCUUCAGAGUCAGAGUGUUCAGAUGCCAGACACAUGUGUUGAUACAAAUAGUUGUGGCACUCACGCCCCACUGUGGCUGAAAGGAGGACAUCCAACACUUGAGGAUGGAGUGGUCACUCGAGGUGUCUGCGGUAACUGGUUGACUGACUGCUGUUUGUUCCGAUCCAAUCCCAUUAAAGUCAAAGCCUGUCCUGGCAAUUACUACGUCUAUGAGUUUGUGACCCCAAUUACCUGCUAUUUGGCAUACUGCGCAGAAGCUAGGAACAUUACCACCAAUAAUGCUACUGUAACUCCAAACUCAACAUUGGCAGGAAUAUUCUACCCGUUCGGCUCAGCAGCAGGAGACACAAGAAAUCCUGCUGUUGAUGAUGGAAGCUCCUCAGUUAUUCCACUUUUGAGUCCAUUUCUGUUCUUUGGCCGCAGAUACCAGCAGAUUUAUGUUAAUAAUAAUGGACACCUCACAUUCAACCAGCCUUCAUCACAGUAUGUUCCUGACUUCUUUGCUGCUAAUAGAAGCCAAGAUAUAAUUGCUGGUCUAUGGACCGACCUUGACAACCAUGCGAGAGGAGUGGUUUCAUAUCAUCAGUACACUAAUGGAAGUGUUCUCACACGCGCCACUCUGGAUAUAAACAGUCAUUUCCCAAAUCUGACCUUCAACGCUUCCUGGGUCUUUGUUGCAACUUGGGAUAAAGUUCCUUACUACAAUUUGACCAACACAGAAACAUCGUUUCAAGUGGUUUUAAUUUCAGGCAGUAUUUUUUCAUUUAUUCUGAUGAAUUACGGUGAUAUUGCUGUAACAAGACUUCCAGUGGAGGCUGGUUAUGACACAGUAAACUCCUUUGACUACUUUGUGAUUCCUGGAUCAAUCAACGGGAGCUUCAUCUCAAACCUCAAGAACUCCAGUAAUGUCAAUGUUCCCGGUCGAUGGGCCUUCAGGGUGGAGGGUGGAACAAAGUCAAACAAAGAAAACAUUAUUGGACUUCAAGGGAAACUUUCCUCAUUUUUAGACCUAACAGACAGUGGAAACAUUCAGAUUGUUUUACAGCAAAUAAAACAGGAACUGGUCAAGAAUGGUUUGCCAAGCAGCAUAGAGCUGAAGUUAAGAAAACUGCAAAAGAUAAAGCCAUAAAUUCUGGAAAAGAAAUAAAACAGUCCUGUUCACUUAGCGUCUGACAGCACAUAUCCCACUGUUCAUGUGAAGACUGUAAAGACCCCAGUUUUACAUUAUGUGGUUUCAUUUAAAGGAUUUAAAAAGGAGACAGAACAGCAUGGUUUUAUAACAAAAAAAAGAGGUCCAUAUGACCUUUUUUUCCAUAUGGAGAAUUUGUUUUCCUCAAGUUUUUUUAAAUUUUACUGUAACUUCCUUAAAGUUUCUGCACUAGGUUUCUUUGCAUGUUUGUGACAUUUCUUCAAUGUGACCAACAUUUGUGAGCAAAUCGUUAUUUUAAGUUGAAUCUUUUAAAUGAAUCGAUGAUGCAGUUUACAGAACUGGUCUGAAUGAUUCAUUCAGUUCAGUUCAAUGAUCUGGUUAGAGGAAGAUUAUCAGUGAAUAACAAAAUAAAUUUCUGUCUUUUUUUUUCUCACACAAAACUAUCUUGUGACUUUAGGAGAUUUUAAAUAUAGUGCAUGGGUUGUAUGGCUAACAUCAUACAUUUAGUGGUGUUUUUUGAUCCAUUUUAAUUUUUGAAAGACUAAUUUUAUGGAAAAUGUUCUCAUUUUACAUUACCCAUUACAUUUAAUCAAGAUGUACAAAUUUACAAAAUAAAACCAGACAGGUGAAGUA